AUUUUCACCCAUGAAAAAGAAACUAAUAUCAUUUCCUAAACAACCUUUUUAGUGUUACUAACUCUAUCACUUGACAGUUGACAGCUGCAUCCUCGCCGUGACAACUUCACAAAAUUUUGAACUAAAUAUGAGUUAUCGAAAUCAUGGGCUUACAAACACCUCCCCCAUAAAAGGAGAAGGGCAGCCAUGCAUCAAUGGUUGGAUACCAGAAAGAUGACAUAAUGACCCCAAAUCAGAAGCUCAUAGCUGGUUGCGUCUCUGGAAUGGCCACUCGAUUCAUGACUCAGCCUAUGGAUAUAGUAAAAUUAAGGACCCAACUGCAGAAUCUGCAAGCACUGGACAAGAAGAAGAUCUGGUUCAGAACGACUAGGAAGAUCUUAAGGGAGGAAGGCAUCACUGCUUUCUGGGCUGGUCAUAAUCUUGGACAGAUCCACUCAAUAUUGGCAGUGACCUCACAGUUCUAUAUCUACGAAGUAUCAACUAAAUAUGUCGCCGGUCUAUCGCAGGACAAGGGCAAAAGACCAUAUCUAUUUUUCCUAUGCGGCGUGUUCUCCGGCUGCUGCUGUGCUACUCUGGUGCUACCCAUAGAGGUGAUCAGAGUGAGGCAAAUGAUAGUGAAGGAACAGUACCGGGGCUUGUUCAACGGUGCCAAAGCGGUGUACAACCAUGGGGGUAUCCUGGCAUUUUAUGAGGGUCUCAGCGCGUCUUUACUGCAGAUGGGACCGUCUGUUGGUAUCUCAUUCGGCGUGUUCCAGUCCCUCCAGCCGCGUAUACUCAGUUAUUUCCACGACUGCAGCUCCGGUCAGUGUGUUCACGCCUCCAGCAACACCAACAAACCUGAGCAUCUCCUCGUGGCCAGUACCAUAGCCGGCUCGGUAGCGGGAUUCGUUGCCAAAAGUGUCACAUACCCCUUCGACUUGGCUAAACGGAGACUUCAAAUCGCUACUCACAAAGAAGACUUCAGAUACCAAACACCAAGUACAUCGAGAAACCUAGUGAAAUGUACCAAUCUAGCUGACUGCAUAAUCAAAACCCUGAAAAAGGAAGGGAUUCGUGGCCUGUACAGAGGGUGGAAGGUGACUGUUUGUAAGGCGCAAGUGACCAGUGUAAUGUCGUUCACAACAUAUGAGCUUAUGUGCUACGCCAUAAGGGAAUUAGAGUCUUGAAUUGAUGGUGUUUGAAGUUAUAGGACAUAAUAAACAUUAAAAAGGUAAAU